AUGAUUUCAGUGCUUGUAAAACUGUCCGUCCUCGAGGAACAACAUCAGUGGCAUACUAUAAAAGAUUAUGUUGGUUCUUCACAGAUUAUUGGGGGAAUCGAUCCGUCUCUGUAUGUUGGCGAGCUGUGGUACACACCAAUCAGACGGGAGUGGUAUUAUGAGGUCAUCAUCGUGCGCAUCGAGGUCAACGGACAGGAUCUCAACAUGGACUGCAAAGAAUAUAACUAUGAUAAAAGUAUCGUGGACAGCGGCACCACAAACCUGCGUCUCCCUCGUAAAGUGUUCCAGGCGGCUGUGAAGGCCAUUGAAGCGGCUUCAUCGACUGAACAGUUUCCCUCAGGUUUCUGGCUGGGCGAGCAGCUGGUGUGUUGGCAGGCGGGCAGCACACCCUGGCACAUCUUCCCUGUCAUCUCUCUCUACCUGAUGAGUGAAAACACAAACCAGUCUUUCCGCAUCUCCAUCCUGCCACAGCAGUAUCUGAGGCCGGUGGAGGACGUGGCCUCGGCUCAGGAGGACUGUUACAAAUUCGCUGUGUCUCAGUCGAGCACUGGGACGGUAAUGGGUGCCGUCAUCAUGGAGGGCUUCUAUGUGGUGUUCGACCGAGAGCACAAACGCAUCGGCUUUGCAGUCAGCACGUGUCACGUCCAUGAUGAGUUCCGCACCGCUGCAGUGGAGGGGCCGUUCCAUGGCGUGGACCUUGAGGACUGUGGCUACAACAUCCCUCAGACCGACGAGUCCACAUUAAUGACCAUCGCCUACAUUAUGGCGGGCAUCUGUGCACUAUUUAUGCUGCCUCUGUGCCUCAUGGUCUGUCAGUGGCGCUUUACGCGCUGCCUUCAUCCGCUGGGCGCUGGAGAUUUCUCUGAUGACAUAUCCCUCCUGAAGUGAGCCAUUUCUAAACGCAGAAUGAUUUCAGUGCUUGUAAAACUGUCCGUCCUCGAGGGUCUCAAAGAAGGAGAAUUGAUGAUAUUGAUGAGACUACAGUGAUUAUAACUAUAUAUGUUAUAAUAUUGCAUAUGCGCACACACACACACACACACAUCCUAAUGGGUGUCCCAUCUUGAAGGAUUUCGUACCCUCUGACCCUUUUUGAGUACAUGAGAUAUGUGAAUGAUCCUUUAUCUUACAGACUUAAGUGUGGUUAGCUGUUCUGGGACUGUUAAAGUGAAGUUCUGUAAAGUUCUGUAUACUAUGUGAGCGAGUGUGUCUGUGUUUGAAAGUUAGAGAGAGUUUGUUCACUAUAUCAAGAUGUCAUAAUCUAUAAUAUGAUCAACACUGACUAAUUUUCAAAAUGAAUAUGGGGUAUAACAAAGUACUGUUUGAGUCACUGUUUAUGAUAUAGCAGUACCCAAAAAUACCAUAAGGAGCUCAUAUUACUAUUACUUACUAAGACAACAUGAUCUUCUGUCUGUAUUAGUUGAAAGCUUACAGUUAAUAGACCUAUAUGAUUUGUAAUAAUGAAUGUCAGUGGGAGAGAACAUGUCCAGUCAUAUUUUACCCCAAAAUGUAAUUUAAACGU